AUGACGGAGCCACUUUAUCAAGACGCAGCUCCUAAUCUCGACUUCCCACUCCGUACAAAAUACAACUGUUCUGCCCAGCCAGAAAUGUGUGACCCUAAAUGCCAGACCCUUAACGGGCACGCCGUGUCGGGAAUAGUGAUGGGCAUUCCACGGGGUGGCCGAAGGGAAUUCUUGGGGAGUCUUUCCGUGGGCGGCGGAGCAGUGCCACCCACUCCACGCCCCCAACAGUGCCACCCACUCCACGUCCCCAACAGUGCCACCCACUCCACGCCCCCAACAGUGCCACCCACUCCACGCCCCCAACAGUGCCACCCACUCCACGCCCCCAACAGUGCCACCCACUCCACGCCCCCAACAGUGCCACCCACUCCACGCCCCCAACAGUGCCACCCACUCCACGCCCCCAACAGUGCCACCCACACCACGCCCCCAACAGUGCCACCCACUCCACGCCCCAACAGUGCCACCCACUCCACGUCCCCAACAGUGCCACCCACUCCACGCCCCCAACAGUGCCACCCACUCCACGCCCCCAACAGUGCCACCCACUCCACGCCCCCCAACAGUGCCACCCACUCCACGCCCCCCAACAGUGCCACCCACUCCACGUCCCCAACAGUGCCACCCACUCCACGCCCCCAACAGUGCCACCCACUCCACGCCCCCAACAGUGACACCCACUCCACGCCCCCAACAGUGCCCUUCCCUCUCUUUGUGCUUCAUUUCAUACGUUGCAGAAAGCUCAUAGCGCGAGGCAGCCCGCAGGGAAUGGAGACUUGA